AUGGCGACGGAGGAGGAUGAGAUGUUCCCUAUUCAUAAAAUCCACGAUAACCUCAUGCCGGCCGUGGUAUAUCACAUGUCCAAACUCAAAAUCUCUGAGGCGGACAAAAGUGUACGCAAAUUCAUUGACUGGAUCAACAACGAUCUGGUUGAUGUCCAUGGCGCUCUUCAUAGGCUCAAGGAGACGGAGCUACUUCUCAACGUUCAGAUGAAGGAGUUAGUCUGUGUCUUGAAUGAUAUCUCCAAAACCAAGGCUGGCAUGGAUUCCAUGAGAUUGGAGUCUGAACAGUCCAUUGGACAACGCCGAAUGAAAAAAGAAGUCUCUAAACUGGAAAAGGUUGUUACCAAAUUGAAGGAGACGGUGAAUUUGAAUGGCAGUUUCAAUCUUCACUCGUACGUGGAGUCCAAGGAUGAGAUGUUGGCAAUCCAUAAGAUUGACCGUGAACUCAUGCCGGUUGUGCUAAAUCACGUGUCUAAGCUCAAGAGCUCCAUCCCCGAAACCCACAGGGAAGAACUGAAGGAUUUGGAUGGGUUCAGGAUCGAUCUUCUUGAUGCCAGAGACGCCAUUGGAAAGCUCAAUGAAGCAGAGCGCCUUGUGAAUGAUCGGAUGAAAGAGUUAGUGUGCAUCAACCUGGACGACAUCUCUAACGAAAUAAAUGCUACCGCGGAAGGAAGACAAAGUGCUGCGCUCAAAGAAUUCAUGGGAUGGGAAUAUAAUGAGUUUUUUGAUUGGGAUGACGAUUCUGAAGCUGAACCCUCUGAAGAAGAAUCCGUGAAAUCAAAAUCAGGUGAAAUUUCUUAUUCGCUUGACAAUCCUAAAUCCCCUGAGCUUACCAUCCACCCCGACCAAAUCCAAAACGAACUCUAUCAACUCCACAAUACUCUUCCCAAAUUGAGACAUACCUUGACUUUGAUCCCCAGAGUUUUACCUUCAGCCCACAUCCUCCAAGUUUCACCUUCAGCUAAUGUUGCCAAUGUUCAACACCCCUUAGAAGCAAUAGAGGGAACCACCAAUUUUGCAAGUUUUGUGAACUCCCUAGAUACUUCUCUACAUUCGACAAUGCCACUUCUUUAUAUUUUUAAAGACUUUCAGAUAUUUUAUGAUAGCCUAGAUGACAUAUUGAAACUAUGUUUGUUAUGUUUCUCCGCAUUCCCUGAUAAUUCUGUUAUAAACAAGAGGGUCUUGAUCUAUUGGUGGAUCGGAGAAGGCUUCAUAGAGUCUCUUGAUAGGAGAGGAAAGACUGCAGAAAGCACUGCAAAUGAGAUUUUGAAUGCACUCGCGGCGAAGGGCUUCAUCGAGCCUGUCUAUAGAAAGAGGCACCCAGAAGUCCAUAGAUACAGAGUGCACCCUUUAAUCCGUUUUAUGGUGGUUGUGCUUGCCCGAAAAGCAAAAUUCUUUGAUAUAGAUGACGCAGGGUGUUUCGUCACAAACACCGACGUUUCUAAGGCGUCUCUCAAGGCAUGCUUGGUAAGAACUGAAGAAGGAUCUUCCCAGCAUAUGCUGGGGGACAGUCUUACACUGAAGAAACUGGACACAUUGUUCAAUGUCAAUGAAUCUUACCUAGAUCUCCAAAGCCACUGGUUCGCGAAGUUAGAAGUUGUCAGAAUUCUUCAGCUAGGGAGGUGGCAAACCUCUAUCAAGCAUCACAUCGAAGUAAGUAACACGGACUUCUUAAAAAGUUUGAGUAAUAUGAAAUAUCUUAGGUACUUGAGCCUGCAAGGAAUCUCUAGAAUUCCAGAGCUUCCAGUUUCGUUCUCCAACCUCACCAACAUGAAGGUCCUAAACCUUAGGGCAUGUCACAAUUUGGAAAAGCUCCCAGAUGGAAUAGGAAAGCUCAAGAAUCUAACACACUUGGACAUCUCCGAGUGCUACUUGAUAGUCCAUAUGCCGCAGGAACUUGCUUUGCUCACCCAACUCCAAGUCCUUAAGGGGUUUGUCAUUUGUGACCUCAAAAGUGUCGAACAUGAUGUCUGUAGGCUUAUUGAAUUAUCACAUCUGAAGAAGUUGAGAAAAUUGAGUCUCUAUAUCAGCGGGGAGCCUAAUGACACAUGCAUGACCUUCUCUCUCUCCACAGGGUCAAAACCCAGCUUGCCCAUGGCUGCCACUCCAGGUGCCGUCGUUGUCACCGGCGACCAACACCACCGGUAG